AUGGAAGUAACGUUUGACAACAGGGGCAACGUUCUCAAUGCCAAACUACACACGACUGUCGAUGACACCGUAAUAUACACUCUCGAGACUACCUACGGAUUUCGAGGUAGACGAACGACGGUUCUGAAGGACUGUAAUCCUGCGCCCGGUCGGUCAGCAACGGUGGGGACGAUCAAUUGGAGAGAGAAGAUUAUAGAGGUGAAUGGGAUGAAGAAGAAGGUUGGGGAUGUUAAGAAGAGGAAGGGGAAUUAUUUCCGAAAUGCGAGGUUUUGGCAGUGGGGAUCAGAAAGGAAGGAAUAUGAAAUCAAGUACAAGAAUGAUGAGUGGAGGGCGACGAGUGUAGAAGGCGAUGAACCAUCUAUCGACCGGAACCACAAGAAAGAGAAAGAGAAUUCAAAGGUCAAGGCAACGACGGAGGCUAUCGAUGAACCUUCACGUACCCAACUGGCAGAAUCAUCCAUUCCAGCAUCAGAUCUAUCGGUCCUUUCAAACGACGGCUCGACGACCCUCGAUAGCGAAAAAUCCUCGAACAGUCAUGAAGGGGAACAGGAACAGAUGGAAGGCCUAGUUGGACAUUUCCAAGUUCCAUUUCGACCGCAUCUGUUCACGAAAUCAAAGCCUCCGGUGUUGAAGCUGUCUCGAGUUGCGUUGCUGGAAGACGAGGUGUUUUUAAUUUUAGUCUUUAUCUAUUCCGAAGCUAAGCGACAGGACCGGACGAAUACCUCUGUCUCGUCGGAAGGAUAG